AUGAAGCAAUCGAAAGCAGAUCUACUAAAGAGGUUUGCUGAUAACCGGGAAGAGGAUGAAAUAUUUGGUGAUGUGGAAUCAAUCGAUUUUAUUUCCAAUGGACUGAGGCAACAAGUUCAACAGCAACAGCAACAGCAACAGCAACAACAACAGCAACAACAACAGCAACACCAGCGACAACAACGAGAACACAGCAGCAACAUUGAGGACGACGACGACAAUGGAGUAGAAACGUUAAAAAUCAAUCAACUACAUAUCAACAAUCUGCCGCUGUUUCAACUUACGCCCAAGAACGAACUCACUUCCUCCUCUUCACCACAACACACAAAAUCAAGCAAGUUCAGUGCUGGAAGAAACAAUCGUGAUUCGAGGGGCAGUACCAACAGUAGCGCUAAACGAAUAACAAGAGAUGCAUUGAGUGAAUAUAGCGAAGAGAACGAUACAGUUGUCACAUCUGAGCUUUCACAAGAUGAAUUCGAGGGAUGGGACGAGUGCUUCAGCAAGAACCAGAGCAUAUACCAACAAAUGAAUCAGCGACUAAUUGCAAAGAAAGUAGCUCAACAAAAGGAAGCAGAACGGGAACAGAAGGAAUUCCUUGAACAUAAGCAGAGCAAAUUGUUUGGCCAUAGAGAAGAUCCUAACCAAACUUUGAAACUACGUGAAGGUGUGGAAAUUGAAAGUGGCAAGGGCCAUAAAUUGACCAGUACCAAUUUGAGCUUGUUAGAUCAUUUGGAAAAUGAGAAGACAAUAAACUAUGAGCUUACGAGAGACGAUGAUGAUCAAUUUGAAGAUGGGUUUGAUGUUGAUUUUGAGGAGAGUAUUCAAAGGAUCAAACAGCAGCAGCAACAACAACAACACAUUCAUCAACAGCAGAGACUGCGUCAAAAGAUGGGCGCCGUUGAUGUCGCAAAGCACAAUUUAUUUCACAAACAGUCAAUGCCGUCAUUAGGUAAGAAAUCGGCCAAUACAAUCAAGAAAUUCAAAUCGACAAUGGACUUAAAUGUGGAUACAUUACAUGAACACCCAAAUGAGCAACUACAACAACAACAACAACCGCCCAGCUUUAAUUUCAAUAAUCGUGUAAUCACCAAACUUGACCGCAUACCCUCGUUUUACAAUAAGCCUAGAAUUCCUGAUCCUGAAUCGCGGAUGCAACUACUUGAUAAGUAUGCCGAACGCAAGGAGAAGGAAAAAGACAGGGACAAUUUGGAAAGUAGAGGUAAUGCUACUGCAAAGGCAAAUUCAAAGAAUUCUCAAUCAACGGACCACCACCAUCAUCAUCACGGCAAUGAUCGCCGACGCCAUCCACAUGCGAAAAUGGGCCAUAUACGACAUUUGAAUGACGAUGCAGCAACUCGCCAUAAUCUAGGACAGCCCUACAGCGGUAGCCUUGCCAAUAACAAUGCUCUUCCACGAUCGAAAUCUAUGGUAUUCAACAAGGCUCAGAAUAGGUGGGAGGGAAACGAAGUAGAUUUACUUCGAUUUGAACAAAAGCCUUCAUUGGUUACCAUGCAGGAGAUUGAACCUGUUGGAAGAAAAGCUACAAUAUACAAAGGUGAAUCCGGAACCGAUGCGUUGCAAGAGAUUGAAGAUGAAGAUGAAGAUGGCGAGGGUGGGUUUCCAGGCAGGAAGCGACACGGAAACAUGUUGUAUGAUGAAAUCAAUUUGAAAUGGAUCAAUUUGGAUCGAGAUGACGAGUAUCUUUUGGAUGAUAUACCAGACUUGAUUGAACCGUUGGAGACUAUUCGUCAGCAUCAUAACCUCCAACAACAACAACGACAACAGCAACAGUGGGAUCAGUACUCACCCACGAGACCAAGACUCGGUGGUACCAAUGUACUAGCCGAAGCAGGAGCAGGUGGCACAACAAACACAAUCUAUGUUCUUCAAUCACCAACUUCGCGACGUGGAUUGAGUCAAUUCACCCAACGCACUGCAUCAUCAGCGGACUCGGUGGUGCCCCAGCAAAUGCAACAAGUGCAACAACAACACCCACGACUCGGUAUGUCGAGAUCCACUUUACUUCGCUCCCAAUCUUCAUCUUUGGGCGUGAACAAGCAACAGCAACAGCAACAGCAACAGCAACAGCAACAACUAUCUCACCCAUAUAGUAUAGCGAAUGACCAUGAUCUUGCUGAUGUUGAUGUCGGUCUCAAACACGUCCCUCCAGUAUCUCAAAGAUUGCAAGAGAAAUUCAUCAAGGAAGAAGCGAAAUUAAACCGCAAGACCAAUCAUUGGUUUAUUGAUGAUAAUAAUGACGUCAAGUUGGAUUACUAUUGGGAGAUUCGGAAAUUGAUCAUGGAGGAAUGA